AAGAAACUGGCUGUAAGACUCAAGUCUCAUCAAGGAACUAAAGAUGAGAACUGUGGUAUUUCUGAUGUUCGUCCUCCUGUCGAUGACUGACAGCGUCUCCAGACCACAGUGUCACAGCUGUGAACGAACAUCAUGUAAAUGCUCAAGACAAAACCUGACUAAAGUCCCCGCAGUCCCCUCGCACGUCACCACUGAGCUUGACCUCUCGUUCAACAGACUGGGGAAAAUAACGAGCGACGACUUUAUUGCAUACACCAGUUUAAGGUGUUUGAUCAUAAGUAACAACAGAAUCCGAGUGAUCGAGGAGCCAGCAUUUGACCCGCUGACCAAUUUGGAGAAACUGGACCUAUCCUCAAAUAGACUGGAUUCCUUGUCUGUUGGAUGGUUUAAGAACCUAGUAUCCCUUCAGUACUUGAAUCUUGUGGGGAACAUGUAUAAAACUCUGGGGCAAGGCAAUCUCUUCCAGUCGCUGAAGAAAUUAAAGUUCCUACAUAUCGGUGGACCUCACCUUCAGUCUGUCAGAAAAAGUGACUUUUCUGGGCUCAGCAAACUUGAAGAAUUAUUUUUUGAUGGGGAAAAACUGCAGGUCUAUGCAGAAGGAAGUUUGAGACAAAUUGGGCAUAUCAGCCAUGUGACACUUGGUCUGAAUGGUCCAUUUAUGACAAAUCCUGCACUUGUAAAAGUCAUACUGACUGAUGUUGCACACCCGAACACAACACUGACUUUCACUGACACAAAGUUCUACAAAGAGGAUCAAAUGUCCCCAAUUCAUGUGGUCAGUGACAGUGGUACUAAAAGUCUUAUUUUGAAAAAUUCAACCAUGUCAAUUACGGCUAGUGUGACACUUUUGAAAAUGCUGUCACAAUCUGAUAUAACUAUGCUGGCAAUUGAAGAUACAAAAAUAGAAUAUAUUAUUUUCGGUCCCCCUACGUUUCUCCCAAAGGUUGACCAUUUGGAGGUUAUUAUCUUUAAAAACAUUGACAUCCCUCAAUACUACAACUUCCCAGUCCUCCCUCUCCUGAAACCUCUCUUGGAAAGAGUGCAAAGGCUUAGUUUGAUAAACUCCAAGUUGUUCGCUAUUCCUUGUUUGCUCUCUGUUAAUGUCGUUGACCUGGAGUUUUUCGACAUUACUGACAAUAUGAUCACUGAUCUGGUCCUGAGAGAAAUGUUGUGCGAUGGCAAAUUUGAUCAUUUUAAUCUGCAAACCAUUAAUAUCAGCAGGAAUAACCUGCACUCAAUAAACAGCCAGCUCUUCACCAAACUACAUAACCUUAAAAACAUCGACAUGAGUGGAAAUAUGUUUUAUACAAUGCCUGAGACUUGUAACUGGCCACCAAAUCUCCAAUAUUUAAACCUUUCAUCAAUGCAUUUAGGAAUUGUGACCUCUUGUCUACCGACGAGUUUACGGAUUAUUGAUCUAUCGUACAAUGACUUGAAGGCGUUCAACAUCGAACUACCUCUUCUCACAGAUUUAUACAUCUCUGGAAACAAAAUGUAUAGUUUCCCAGAUGGUGAUUUAUAUCCUCGUCUGUCAUUUCUCUCUAUUCAAAACAAUUACUUAAAUGCAUUCAGUAAAAAUGACAUAGAAAAAUAUAAAAUGCUGAAGAAUCUUGAGGCUGGUAUGAACAUGUAUGACUGUUCAUGUGACUUUUUAGCUUUCAUGACAAGUGACAUGAAGAAUUAUCGAGUCACAUUUGGAGACGAGCUCAAGUCUUACAUCUGUCACUCGCCUGAUGCUGCAAGAGGAAAGACUAUAGCGGAUGCAAGGUUAUCAGUGUUUGAGUGCCACACGGCUUUAGCUUUGUCUUUACUCUGCUUAGGCAUCCUGGCAGUGUUUCUGCUCUUUGCCGGACUCUGUCACAGGUUCAAUGUGAUGUGGUACAUGAAGAUGACCUGGGCCUGGCUGAAAGCUAAGAAGAAGCCAAAGUUAAAAAAGGAAGAGCUUGAGUAUGACGCCUUCGUUUCUUACAGCGAGAUGGACUCUGGUUGGGUGGAGGCACAUCUGAUCCCGGAGCUCGAACAGUCCGAGCCUCCAGUCCGCCUGUGCCUACACAAGAGAGACUUUGUUCCUGGAGGCUGGAUCUUGGACAACAUCAUGAACGCCAUAGAGAAGAGUCACAAAACAUUGUUCAUCAUUUCAAAGCAUUUUGUCAGGAGUGAAUGGUGCAAGUAUGAGCUGGACUACACACAUUUUAGAUUGUUUGACCGGAACAUCGACACAGCUGUGCUGAUUCUGUUGGAGCCCAUUGACAAAGAGACCAUCCCCAAAAAGUUCUGUAAGCUGCGGAGAGUCAUGAACUCCAGGACAUACCUGGAGUGGCCUGAUGAAGACAACCAGAUCCCCAGGUUCUGGCAAAGUUUGAGAGCAGCUAUUAGAAGACCUGUGGACAUCAUUAGAUUCAAUGUAGAUGAAUAGUUUGGUGUUUUUUAUUUACUUUUUUAUCUGUAACUUUUGAAAGUGUUGCUGUAACGCUUUCUGUUCAAUAAAAGUUCAAGAAUGGAUCAUCUGAAUAAAUUCUCUGUG